CUACUUCUUUAUGCUGCUUGAUGUCUAUUCUCACGGUGUGGUUGUACUCUUUCAUCGUGUUCUGUUUCCGACUCUAAUCUCCUGCUGCAGUUUCGUGUUUAUUCUUGUUUCGUAACGACAGAAUUCAACUUUUAUUCGUUGUUUCGAAAUUUACUACCCAAAAAUGGUCGCUGACGCCUCUUCCAACAGUCCCGCGAGCAGCCCCGUGCUCGCCGGCGUUAAACUACGGGAGGACGGAACAAGCGGAGUUGCAUUUGAUCAUACCACGGCGGAAGAAAACCCCGUGGAGCUUUUCGGAAAGCCGCAGUUGCACAUGCCGACGAUUUCGGUCACCGGCACCGCCACGGCGGGACCAAUCAUGAAGCUCCCGACUUUUUUCCCGACUAGUGCUAGUAACGCCGCGGGAGCGGUGGACCUCAAAAUAGGGCAGCAAACACACACAGCUAGGGGAGAGGUCCUCGGCUCCUUCGAGCCACACGCCCGACAGUCGAACUACACUUCGACGUCUAGCAGGAUCCGCAGCACCAGCGCGACAGCGACUAACGUGAUGAAUACCUGUGCAAGUAAACCAAACGGAGGAUUCGUGCUGCGCAGCAGCCGUCUGGCGGCCGCAACCACCGCGUCCAGCCGAAACAAGGCAAAGAAGAUGCAGAUGAGUGUCGCACUGGAACAACAGCAAAAAGCUUCUAACUCAUCAGAGGAACAUCGAGACGAAGAGGAUGAGCUGCUGUUUCAACACCAACAACAAGAACCUCCCCAGCUUACUACCGGGCAGCAUCACCAGCGGCCACCCGUGAGUUCUUUGAGUGGACAGCAUCAGCAGCACUACAACGGUCUUUUGAAUGCCAGGACGGACUCCAACGCUACCUCUGGCGCAAGUUCGGUACUGACGUCGGUGUCUUCGGCCGCUCCAAGACAACAGCACUCCUCGUCUGGACAUCCGCAACCCGCACAGGUGGCUGGUGGUCCACCUCGUGGGUCAUCGUCCUCACACAAUUACAAUGGCUAUAACAAGCGUUCCGCAAUGGGCCAUGCGCCGAAUCUCUUUCCGUCGUCGUCUUCCAGUGUAGCAUCCUCGUCGACUUCCGGUGCUGGAAGUAAAAAUCCAUACAACCACUUCUUGCACCAUAACUCCGCUUCGGGGUUGGGCGCAGCCGGGAGGCUUGCCGGUAAUAAUCCCAUGCAGCUGGGAAUGACCACGAAAGUGGUAAAGCAGACGAGGAACGCAAGCGUUUUGAAAGCGGACAAACGGGCAUCAGAGAUCAUUCAACGGCUGUUGAAGCGAAGUAUUGGUUUGUGCGUCUUGAUAACUUCUGUCGCAAGACCUCCCUGGAAGUUGCACAUACAGCGCACCAUGCAUUCACAGCUGUAGUGGGGGUCAUGGUCCUUUUUUUUUUGAGAGGACAGGAAUUUGAAAAAUCAGAAACCAUACAUAGAGUAUUCUAGGUGGACCGCAUAAUGAGAAAGUAAGUAUAAGUGCCUGUGCCUGCCCUGCCUUUUACCAUUAUUUGAUUUAGUACGGUUUCUGAAAAACAGAUACCGCCGCAUCAACCGACGACCCCGGCGAGGACCGAGAGCAAUUCUACCAGGGGAGCCACACCGCCGCCGCGCAACGACAGUUCUCGUCUUCCUCCUCCUCCAGCACCGGGACGCCGAGGAACGUGAACCCGACAGACCAGCGGUUGUCGCCCGUCGAGCGCUUGCACUCGAUGCACAGUGACAUGGUCUCCCUCAUUCACGCGAUCGAAACGCUGCAGCAGGAGAACACGCGCCUCCGCUGGAAACAGCUGUCCCAGGUGGACGUACUCUUCCGCAGUUGGUGCGAUUCCGACAACCGCGGGCUUUUGUCGCAGUGUCUGAGUGUGUGGAAAAAGCUGUUGGAAUACAAAAAACACAGGUGCUUUUGUGCGUCCCCACUGUUGCUUCUGUCCAAAGCAUGAGGAUGAGCUCCCUCGUGCUCGACCGGGUGGGCAGUAAAUCUGGAUCUUGCAUAUUCAGGGCGAGCUUUUUUCCAGGUGAAAAAAGCUCCAAUGUUUCCGCUCCGUCGAGAUCGAAUCAAGAGUAAGUUGAGACCGAGUGGACACGGACGGAGUUGAGACCGAGACACGGACGGAGUUGAGACCGAAAAAGCGCAAAUUGCACUUUUGCGCUUUUUUUCAGCUGGAAAAAAGCUCACUUUCGUUUUUUUUCGGCUGAAAAAAAGCACAUUUGGGCUGCGCUCCUCUUUGCAGCUGAAAAAAAGCACUUUCGCGGUUUUUUCCAGCUGAAAAACUGCACCUUGUAACUUUUCAGGUGAAAAAAGGUACAAGGGCGCAACUUUUCAACUGAAAAAAAGCGCAAGGGCGCAAUUUAUCAGCUGAAAAAAAGCGCAAGGGCGCAAUUUUUCAGCUGAAAAAAAGCGCCACGUGAGUUCUCACCUCUUCGUUUUUUCAGUGACAAAAAAGUGAAAAUCUCAACUCGAUCUCAACUCGGUCUCAACUCUGUCUCAGCUCGGUCUCGACUCGAUCUCAACUCGAUUUCAACUCGAUCGCAAUUUGGUCUCAACUCGGUCUCAACUCGAUCCCAACUCGAUGCCAGCUCGAUCUCAACUAGAUCCCAACUCGGUUCCGGCUUGCUCUCCGCUCGAUCUUGGUUCAGUCUCGAUGUGUUGCUCAUCAUCUUCGCAUGUAUCGAGUCUCUUCGAGGCUGGAAAUUAAGCCAUCAAUUCGCGCUCGAACAAACCGUCUUGGCGGUUUUUUUCAGCUGAAAAAGUGCGCCUUUUCCCUUUGCGCGUUUUUCAGCUGCAAAAAGCACAACUGGAGUGCUCGUUCUAGCAGGACCAGGAGCAACUCUGAGCAUUUUACACGAACGCCCGCGGCACAUUUAGCCACAACGUCGGCACGGUUUGAACUCGAUCUCAACUGGGUGUCUGGGCAAUUUCCCAAAAGAGUCUUUGUCGAUGUGGUUCAGUGCCAAGCAGUGUCUGAGCGUGUGGAAAAAGCUGUUGGAAUACAAAAAACACAGGUGUAGUACCUCUUUUGCAAACUCUUUAUCAUCGUCGUCAUCUAGUUCGUCGUCGACCUCCUUCGCGUCAUCCCAAGGUAUGCACUUGUUUCGUCAAGUUGAGCAAAGGGGAACAGAUUUUCGUGUGGUCAACCCUCACGCAAAUUUACGUCAAGCUCUCUUGCGAACGCGAAUGAUGCCCCGACCUGAGCGCUCAUCAAUGAUCUUGAGUCACUGAUUAGAUCACGAUCGUGUUUCGGAAUGAAAAGCUGAAUGCAUAUGAGGUGGAUAAUGCAAAUAAUGGCUAGUGGUAUAAUUACAAAAUGUGGCGCAAGGGCAGGGUAUAAUUACAAAGCUCCGCAAAGUUUUCUUCGAGCGCCACCUUGGUAAGGUACUUACAGCUAGUACUGCUACUAGGAUGCCAUCCUAGUAGCAGUACGUAGUAGCUGUAAAAAGUACCUUACCAAGGCUCACUCAAAAAUCUGGUCGUGGUGCUUAACAAGACCAGGGUUUCCUGGAACAACCGGCGAAGAUCAGAAAUUUCCUUGGCCACGAAAGCAUCUUUAGGGAAGAAGUGCCCUUGCGGUUCACUUUACAAGAACGGUGCUGCUUCUACGCAAGUAGCGGAGGAGGUCGCGAAAAAUUUGUAUAGAUUCCUAUUCUUGGAACUGCUCACUGAAGAAAGAAAAUGGAAGAGGAAGGUUUUUACUGUUGACAGUUAGCGUUAGGAAACUUCCGCUUGAUUGUGGACCGAUGCAAAUCGAUCACAUUCAGUUCGGAUCGCUAAAUAAUUUUUGCGGUCGUGGCAGAAGAGAGUAGCUACACUAUAAAUAAUCCGAGAUCUCUGCUAAUUCGACUCCGAACACGAUCAACAAUAUACCACUGGGCAGUUCGAAGACAAGCACACAAGCGAGGCCUUCUUCGCAGGGAGGCUCACAACACCAGGGAGCGAGCUUGGUCCCGCGUGUCCUCGUGGAAAAGCUGCAACUGCUAUUCGGGCGAGCUGCUGAAUGGGUGCGCGACAUGGCGCGCCCCAGUGCCUGGUCAGGGCCUGACUACGGCGCGGGGGAUCGCAGACACAGCGCGGGGCCCUGCCGAGUAAGUUAGCCCCCCGCGGCGCCAAUAGGGCAGGCGGGGCAAAACAAGGGGCGGGCGAAGGCGGGCGCCGCCAGGCCGGCAAGCCCCGAGCAGGGAGGUAGACGCCCGAAAAGCCCGCGGAGCGCGGCAAGGAGGGCCAACAGCGUGUGGAAAAAGCUGUGUGGAAAAAGCUGUUGGAAUACAAAAAACACAGCAAGAACAUCGAGCUGGCGGUGGUGGAGACGCAGAAGGAGGAGCAGAAGAAAUUUGACCAGUACCUGCUGGAACACAAAACGGUCUUCGACAGCGAGAAAGAAAAGCUGAAAAAACACCACUACGACGAAAAGCUGAACUUGAAAAACAAGCACGCGGAAUCGCUGCGCGACCACGCAUCGGAAAUCGCGCAGGACUUUCAGGAAAAGCACGUGAUGCUCUCCGAAGAGUUUCAACGGGGCAUGCACGAGAAUAUGCAAUGAUGAAAUGAAUCAGAUUUAUAGUUUCGCGCCGUCGCCGUCGGAUUCAUUUUUUUUUUUUGUCAUUCUGAAUAAAAUCGUGGAAUUUGAAAAAGCUUUGAGAGAAGAUGAUCUCGUGCUUGGCGUUUUUUGCAUCCCGACACCGACGCGUUCUCAAAACUAGAUUCAUUUCACCUGCAUAUGGCUGCGUGGUGAAUUUGAGGAGAAGCUGGCAGCGCAAUUUGAGGACUUCGAACAAAAGAAAAAGGACGAGGUACUAACAAGCGUACAGAUGCAGUUUGGAACUUGGCCUUCUUGGAAUUGAAAUGGUCUUGCUGCUGUAAAAACAGAAAGGCUUUGAUUUAGUCCUUUUGUGUCUGAGAAACAUGCACUCAAUCAAGCAAGAAAAAGGAAAUCGAUCCAUUCACAUUCUAGGAUUAAACAAGCACUGAAUGACCAUUCUCACGAUCCUCAGCUCCAUUUUCUCAACAUCACACAUCAAACAGUCCUCCCGUCACGAUCGCGAGCUGGUUGCGAAAAACCACGAGAUUUCGCAGCUGAAACUCAAACACGAGGACGAGCGGAAGCAUUUGCAGAAAAACCAGAAGAAGCUAGAAGCGGAGAUUGCGAGUUUGCAACGGCAACUGUCGGAGAAGGACGGUUUCCUGCAGGAGUCCGAAAAGAUCCUCACUUUGGUGAAGGACGCGGUGGGAGGAGCAGGUCGGGAUAUGAUUACCGCACAUAGAAAUACUUCGAGCGGUGCUCCUGUGGUCGCGAAUUUUUAUUCUGAACGUGAAGGAGCUAGCGCAACUCAUGCGAGCAGUACAACCACACCGUUGGCACCUGCUUCUUCAUCUUCCACACCUCUGACGACCAACCACGACCGAUCCGCCGGAGCCACGGGUGCGGGGCAAAACAGCAGUCAUGCUUCGGCCGCGUUGACGUACUGCCAGAACGCAUUGCACGAGAUGCUGUUUACCAUCGACCCCAGGUAUCUCGGCCGGAGCGCACCAGCAGAAAAUGAAAAUGCUACCAAUGAACUGGGUAACGGUAACGGAGCUCCAGUGAAUCGCGACGCUUCAUCAACUUUAUCUGACCAGCAGCAGCAAAAGAGAAAUUUAACGCCGCAGGGAGCUGCAGUUCUGCCGGCGCCUAAGGGAGGAGGUGCUAGCAGUUUACUCCACGAGGAGUCCUCUCACUACCGCUUGGACAGGCAGGAAGAUGUCGAAAACGAAGAUUUUCGUACCAUGUCGCCGCGCUGGAUGCCGAAGAAGGGCCAGGUUGUGGUUGGACGCCACGUGUUGAAUCGAGUGAAAAACAACGUAGUUGAUGUUCCCAACAAAAAAACUCGUGCUUGUUCCGGAACAAGUAGUAACAGCAGUAGUGCGAAAGAAUAUUCGCAAAGCGACGUUGCUCUCGCGGAUGACACCACGCCGGUAGAAGAAGCUGCUGCGGAGGAGCACCAGCACUAGGCGGAGCCGAGAAGUUGUGCUUCCGGUUUCGGUCCCGCUGCAGCACCGUCGUGGUACUAGAAGCACAAGAAGAACGAACAACUACACUGUCGUGUGUAGCAGGCUGCAAAGUUGUGCUGGCACUGAAUCAAGUACUACAACUCUAAGCAUACUACCUCGUAGUGUUCGUUCUGUCGAAAGUAAUUCACUCUUCUUCAAAACAAAAAACUCAUCUAAUUUAGGUUUCAGUUUCAAAAUUAUUUUUAUCAUGCCUACAACCUAGUUGCUGCUUGUGAAUAGUCUUAGUCUCCAUAACAUUACGCACACUAUCACUCUUCUUGUGUUUCAUCUCUACCAAUUUCCGUCUUCCAGACCAGUCAUUGAAUGUUGUCUUGCCCUGGAGUUGCCGGACACUGUACAAAAAACAAAGAACGCAGUAGUAGAAGCCGUUUUCGCUAUUGAU